AUGCUGUUCGGUUGCGCUUUCGUUUUGAUUUUUACGGUGAGUUCACUUCCGAUUUUUCGUUGAUUUGUGUUGCUUUUUCAGUAUGCCAUCGUUCAAAUUGAAUGUAAUAUUACGGACUGGUCCAAAGAUUUCCCAUUACCGUAUCAAUUCAACUUUACGGACAGUCGGCGUUUUGAGAUUGGUAAGGAAUAAUGGGGGUAGAGAGAUGAUAUAUAUACAUAUAUAUCAGUCAACAUGUUUUUUGAAAAGAAAUCUUGGUCUCGUAGACCAUCUCAGGGCACGUGCGAUAAAACUGUAUUAUGCAAGAAAGGGGGCCACACUUCAAACUGAGGAGUCCGGCGACCGGAAUAGACUCUUCGCUAUCGGUUUUUUACACUUCGUCUUGAUUUCGCAGAGAAGGCAGAGAAAAGACGCGCAAAACGUACUCUCUCGCCCCACAAAUUCCCCAUUUCUUCCCCGACAAAGCGUUUUUUCACGUCUUUUUUUGGCAAGUUGCCAAUCCGGGCUUAGCUUAUUUCAGUUUGACGUGGGCUGUGCCAAUUUUAAAAAUCUUUUGACCAGUCAUUGGCAAAAUUAAUUUUUCGCUCCCUAACUCUCCCUACCCUCUUUUUUCCAGGCUGCAUGGUCGUAGUCUACGUUCAACUGCAAGAGCACGCCGUGAUUGGUUUACACGACGAGAACGAUAACAUGAACGUAAACAUAACCGUUCGCUACUGGGCGAUCCUUUUAAGCUCGAGGUUUUACGAUUACAUUGGUGACAAAGUCGUCAUCUGCGAAGGAGCCGACUACAUCGAGUGCACAAACCACAACGGCUUCUCGGAAGUGAUCAUUGCGAGAGUGGAAGGCGGUUUCAAUGUCUUCAUGAAUGGGAAGCGAAGGAAUGUGUACGUUUAUCCAAGCAAAGAAGGGACGGAAGCUACCUUUCUUGCGGUGCACAGUGAAGUGGGCAAUAAUUUUGAGGUCACCGGAAUAACUGCCUUACUACCUGAUCUAACUUAG